GCGGUGCAGCUACACAGUCACAGCAGAGGACGACUGAAGCAGUUUGAAAAGCAGAGUCAGAGUCACUCAGUCACUGUCAGAGGUAAGCAUCUGCAUGUGAACUUGUGAGUCGGAUCGACUGAAUUUAAAGUUAAACCAUGCCCGGCCCCCGGAAGCUCGUAUCAACCGCAUCACGAAAAUCUUCUAAGCAAGAGAGAACCCACGAAACAGUAUACGAUGAGUUGGAUUUACGCGAGGACCAAGACAAUGCUAUCGUAAUACCAGAGGAAGAGACACCAGUUUGUGUCAAACCUGGUAGCUCAAAAGCAUCAAAGAAAAGGGCAUAUCAUCCAGAGGGUCCAGGUGGUGACAACGAUGAUGACGACGAUGAUUACUAUGGAGAUGAUCAGUCUACUAAUGUUGCGCCAAACGUUGGGGGUGAGAUGCAAAAAAUGUUGGAGUGUUUUGGAGCUGAUGUAAAUAAGUCACUGCUGACAAAGAAAAGAAAGCUUGAACAGUUUACGAAGGAAUCAAUAAAAAGCAGCAACAAGAAAGUAGAAGAUGUGUGGAAGGCUCAGGCUACUGAGAGACAGAGACUGAAUGAAGAAUACUGCCGUCAAGUGGCUCUGGUAUUUGGCCAGUGGGAAGAGGAUCUCACAAAGUCGAAGGAUCAAGAGGAAAAACUGGUGACUUUAUUCAGGCAGCAGCAGAAACUUUUCCAGCAAAGCCGAACACUGCAAAGUGCAAGACUCAAAACCAUACGCCAACUUCACGAGUCAUUUACCAAGGGCAUGGAGGAGUUGGAGAGCAGCCACAACCAACAACAAGGUAGUGUCCAGAGCGAGCUGCGCAAGGAGAUGGCGCUGCUACAGAAGAAAAUUCUCAUGGAUACUCAACAGCAAGACAUUGCCAAUGUGAGAAAAUCGCUACAAACCAUGCUUCUGGCUGGAAUGUAGAUUAGUCAUGGCAGUGUCAAGAUGUCCUUGCAUGAGAACACGAGUGUCACAACUACUGCUCAAACUGUAUUGAGACUGAAGUCGUGCUCUUUAGUGAAAACACAAGUUCCAUGUGAUCACUGAGAAGAGCGUGAAAGCUUGAAGGAGUUGCAAUUAUUGUGUAUUUAGUUCAAAGACAAUAUAAGAGUAUUAUCAAUCAUAUGUUCGAGUUAAUUGUGAGUUGUCUUGUUAUAUUAAA